CUGUAUAAUGUAAAAAAAUUACAACUGUGUUGUAUUAUAACUUACACUUUCAAGUUUGUGGCGUAUUAUUGACACCGUGACUUUGAAUAGUGCGCAUUUGAAUACCCUUUAAACUAUUAACAGGAUGUCUGAUAAUACAGGAGUAGAAAGGGAAAAACACAUGAAACAAUUAAAGCGUCAAAUGGAAUGUUGGCGUGAAGUAAUACUCUCAUUAAAUUCCAUUCUAUUAUGGGAACGAUUUUGGUAUCCUGGUCUUAUAGUUGGAAUUACUAGCACAAUAUUUUUUCUUAUAUGGCUGUUGGAACCUACUUCACUUACAAUGAUAUCUGUAUUACUUCUUCUAUUGGCUUUAAUUGACUAUCUUGUGCCACCUAUGACAUCAUUUUUAUAUCCUGUUAAUAGUUGGACAGGUCAGAAAGAGAAAAAAUUAUAUGAGAUUUGUAAAAGUUGGGAUGCAACAAUUUUAUGGUUGCAAAAUGCACGCGUUUCAAUGUUACAAACAAGAAAAGAUCGUCCUAAUGUUUAUUAUGCAGCAAUAAUAACUUUUCUUGUCAUUUGUAUAUGGAUUGGAAGUACGGUCAACAACUUGCUUCUAUCGUAUAUUGCAGGUAAUAUGUUUAUCUAUUUUUCUAAUUGUGUCUUCUAUAAAAUAGAUAUAUUAGAAUCAUCUGUAUUCUAUUGGGUUGUUGCAGUGAACACUAUUUUACUUAUGCCAGGAAUUAGACAUAAAGGACGUGUAAUAUCACAAUUGUGCGCGAUUAUUUUCAUCUACUUUAUGGCCUUUCUUGUUUUUAAAAUUUCUUAUUUUUAUUAGGUUAAUUCAUAACUUAUUCAUUUACGAUUAAUGAAAACUAGAUUUUCAGCUUUUAAAAGGUACAAUUACAAUGAUAGAGAUUAUGUAUUCAUUGAUUUGUUGUAUCAUAUAAUAUCUAAUAUUAUAGUUUACUUUGACUGCACUUUUAUACCAUAAUCAUACUUGCAUGUUGUUUUUAAAUCCAUGAAUCAUAAUAAAACUACUCCAUCUUUUAUCACAGUUCUGAUGCUUAACUAACGAAAUUCGUGUAUUAUUUCAUUGUCAUAUAUUUCAUCUAGUGCUGGUUAUUAUAUUUCUAAUAUAUGCGUUAUAUUGCAUUAUAUAUCAUGUAAUAAUAAUUGUAUGAAGAUGUAACAUUAAGUUAUAUAAAAUUUUGAAAUUUUUGAAAAUCGCGGGUAUAGUAAAUGACAUAUUUGGCGGCGCUGAUGACAUUUACGAGUAAGCUUGUAUCGGUUAUCAUAUGUGUACCUUGACCAAAUCACUGCAACUUUAAUAUAAGGAAAAUAACAAGAAGUGAUUAUGUUACGCACAGUUUCGAUUAUACAUUUUAUGAUAAUCAUUAGUGAACAAUA